UGUCAAAGUAGACAUAAAUAGAGAGAUAUAGAGAAAUCCAUUAUAACAAAUAUGAAUUCAUUCAUUCACUCAAAUAUUUAUAAUAGAACAGCUAGCUAGCAAUCAAAAGCCUAUAAAAGUCUAGAACAAUUUGAUGUGUAGAUACAUACUCAUGUAUAGAGUAGCAGUAGCUAUAUAUUUUGUUUCAUAGUUAUAGUCAUAGCUGCAUACAUAUAGUGUGGUCCAUGAAACAUCAAUUAAACAAAUCUUAAUUAACCAUAACUUACCAACACCCAUUAUUCAAUAUUAUUAUUACUCUUACCAGUUUUUUUUUGAAUGCAAAACCUCAUGGUUAUGGACCUGUCAGCAAAAAAAAAAAGAAAAAAUAAAAAAAUGAAAUCCUUAUACUAAAUUCAAAUUCCCAAUGGGAGAAAGUAAGGUUGGUCUUUUUCCCGGUCUUUGCUGCUGUAAAUACUUGGGAGUGAGUGCUCUCAUAUAAAAACAACAAAAAGUUUCAGUCUUACACUAACUCAAAGAUUGACCCAUUUCUUCUGCUUUCACUAUUGCAUUAUCAUUUUAUCCUUUUCUUUGCACACACAUAUAUAUUUCUUAGACCCAUUACACAAAUUUUAAACAAACUAUAUUGGAGGGAAAAAUAGAGCUAGUUUAGUUAUGGGUAGAGAAUGGUACCUAAACUGGGGUACCAAGUCAUCCUCCAAGAAAGGAAGGACUAGUGGUGGCGGCGGUGGCAGUGGCGGUAGUAGUGGUCGUAAUGGUAAUAGUAGUCAAGGAUUGGAUAGAAAAUCGACUGCGCCACCGGCAGCAACGGCGGCGGCUGCAGUAGCAAGUACAGGAGGAUGCAUGAAUGCUGUCCUUCAUCUGUUUGAUUUUCAGCAUUUUCAGUUGUGCUUGCAUCCUCAAGAUAGCUCCUUACUCCCAGAUGACCCCACCCCUCUAAAAGGUGUAGAAGCGCCAAGAAACAGUCUAGAGUCGAUUACAGGAGAAGAAAAGGAUGAUCAUUUACUCAUUGUUAAGAAGGGUAUUCAGAUAAAAACGAAUCGAAGAGACACAGGACUGAAGUUAGUCCAAGUGCCAAGAACUAAAAUAGAGGAUUUGUCAUCAGAAAGUAGUUACUCUCCAGCAGGUGCAAGGACACCAAAUCUUGUUGCUAGGCUUAUGGGCCUAGAAAUUCUCCCAGAAUCCAACACUACAACUCCAAGAUCAUCUUCUCAUUCUCAAAUCUCUCCACAUAUAAGAGCCUCAACUCCACCCAUAACCACCAAAACAAGUAAAACUACUACUCCUCGAUCAACUCGAACCACCUCCUAUCACACCGACGUCUCUGGCGGCCUACGCUCCUCGCCGGAGACACCGAGAUCAUCAACAUCAACAAGGAGGCGGUCCACAGACGUGGUGGUGGAUCAUCAUCGACUCUCUCUACAAAUCAACAAGGAGAACAGCAUUGUAAAAGAGAUGGAGUUAGCACGUCCUUCAUGUUCCGCAAUACAUACCAAGAGAAAAGAUGGAAGAAACUAUGAUGAAGAAGUUACUAAAAGUCCUAGCUAUUAUGCUAGGCAGAUUAUGAAACAAGUGAAGGAAACAGUUAGUAGGAGAGUUGGAGUUGAUAUUACAAACACCAUUAAUAAUCAUAAUAAUGGAGGAAAAGAUCAUCAAAGAAGAGAUGAACAUCUUUUAUCAUCAUCAACAACAACAACGACAAAACCCAAGAAAUCCAAAAAAGAUCAGACUCAUAAUCUAUCAUUGUCGUCUAAAUCAGAUCAUCAACUCGUAGCAAGAGUAUUUUCGGAUAUCGUUGAUUCAAAGACGAUAAUAGAGCAAAAGGAAGUUACAAGAAGAGAAAAUGAGAGCUUAAGUAAGAAAUUUGCUACUAAUAGUAGUAGUAAGAAGCCUCAUAAAUCUUUUUACAAUUCAAUAAGGAAUAAAAAAGAGGAGCAAUUUGUUCGGCCUUUGAUGACGACGAACAAGAAAUGUAAAAAGAAUAUGUUGUCUAGUGAUCUCCUUCAUGGAACUGUCCCAUCAUCACUUGUCCCCCUCAAGAAGGAUUUUUCUUCAGUAACUCCUGCAAAAUUACUUCACAAACAGGGAAUUUCGUCAAAUGUUCAGCCUUUCAAACCCAUCAAUAAAAGUACUACGACCACGACCACCACCACCACACGGUUAUCUCGUUAUCCGAGACAACGGAUAGACGAAAAAAGACAAGAAGAAGCGAUGCAUGCACCAGCCGCUGAUAAUUGGAGGAGCAAGAAGGAUGCUUCAGGCACCUCCAUAAUGGAGUUCCAGUAUAUCACUAGAAUACUAAAAUGUACUGGAAUUGACAGAGAUACCCCUAUUUCCUUUAUGAGAUGGUACUUACCUUCCCACCCUCUAGACCCAUCAAUAUUCCACAGUUUAGAAGCAACCCAUUAUCUUACAACAACUGAUGAUAAUUCUUGUCAACAGUUAAACCUUGCAAUUAACAGAAAGUUACUUUUUCAUCUAGUAGAUGAAAUGUUAGCUGAUAUGUUAAAACCUUAUGUUAAACUAAAACAUCAUCACCACCAUCAUCAUCAUCAUUAUCAUCAUGAUUAUAAGCAGGAUUAUCGACAGAUAAAUGGGUUUCAAUUGGUGAAGAUUUUGUGCACAAAAAUUCGAAGUUUUCCUAGUGCAGAUUGUGAAACUCUUCAAGACAUUGAUGCUCUAGUUGAGAAAGAUUUACCAAGAUUUGGAGUAGAAAGUAAUAUGAUUGCUUACCAAGAAGAUGGUGGAGAAAUUGUUUCAGAGAUUGAACGUGUUAUCAUGGAUUCAUUAGUCCAAGAAAUUUUCUGCCUUAAUUAAAGAUUAAUUAGCAGUUCCAUGCAAAAGAUUAGUGUGAUGUUAAUGAUGAUGUAAAGAAGUUUGUUUGUUUUAGUUAGAAUUUUCUUGUUAGAUUCUAAGUUUUUUUUUUUAGGAGUGGGCCAUAUUUGUAUAUAAUAUUAGUCAAAUGGUGCUAAUCAAUGAUUUUGUUAGUUGGUUCUUGUUUGUUUUUCCUUAACAUCAUUAUUAGUGCUAUUAAUUACUUAUGUAAAUGAGGGCCUGAAAAUAUAGUCAAAUAAGGCUCUUUUUAUGAAGUCAAAACUGUAUUUUGUUGGUUACUCCUGUUACUAUAUAGUUAACCUUAUUGAAGCUUAAUACUAUGAA